AUGGGUGACCAUACCCCACCAACGAACAUUCAGCACAUCCAAGCUCCCACGUACAACGAGCUUUUCAAUCUGGCCCAGUCGCUGAAGUCGCGGUUGGAGUUGCUGGAAAAGAAUGCGGGAAAUCCUGUCACGACGCAGCCCCCGACACAGCAAACCGAAAACUCCGUGCCACACACUUACAGCGAUUACCGAAUGUUGCCGGAUCUGAACCGAACUGUGCCUGAAUUCACCGGCCACGAAUCGAGCUGCGCCGCCGAAGAUUGGUUGAGCACUGUCGAUGCUCUGGCUGGUAUAAACAAUUGGCCAACGCCAUACCGACUGCAGUUCGUGAAAUCGAACAUGAUGAACGCGGCCCGUAGCUGGUACCACACGGAGGUAUUCACGGAUUGGUCCGAUUUUAAGGUGUAG